AUGGUGCCCAGGAUUUUUGUUGUUUUUAGUAAUGGGUCUGGCGAGAAGUCUAUUUUGAAGAUUAGGAGCACUCGUUUAGUUGGGAUUAGAAAACAGAUAGCAACAAUUGCGUUGUAUUUUUGGAGUCUUCCUAGCUGUGCUGGAAAUCAGUUAAAUUUGCUGAGAAAUGUAACUCGCAAACUUGAAUCCGAUCUUCAUAGCAGUAAGAAGCGGUUUGCAGAACUUGCUGAGCAGUGUGAAUCGUUAAAGAAGGAACGAGAGGCAUCUGAUGAAAGAGAGGAGGCUUUAAAUGAGUUGAAAUCCAUUCAGCAAAAGCAUACUGAGGUGAAGGAAGAAAUGAAACAAUAUGCGGACAAUGAUCCCGCUGCCUUUGAAGCAAUGAGAAGUGCAAUUGAAGUUGCUCAUUCAGCAGCUAACAGAUGGACAGAAGCUCAGAUAACAGAACUUGUCUUGUUUAGAGAUGCAUUAAAUCUAUUCCCUUUAGUUGAUGGGCAGUUAUACCAUGAAAACUCUGUUUAG